AAUUUAAAAGUUCCAUUAGAUCUCGAGUGCGAAGACAAGCUUGGAAUUAAAACUAAUCUCGAAAAUAAAACAUAGUACGUUAUCUGACUGCAUGAUAUUUGAAAAUCCCACGAUGUGCCUAACACUCGCGCACGCCCCAAAAUCCUACGAUGUGCCCACCACUGGUGCCCAACACUGGUUAACACUGGUCCGAAGGACCACAUGUAUUGAAGUUGAGUGAAGUAGAGUAGAGUGGAGUAGUGUGAUUAUUUCAACAAGUGAAUGCAAAUUACUACGUACGAAUUAUUCUGCAUGGUUGAUUUGAUUCGAAAAGAAAGAAUUAAAUAAGCGAAUGGUAGAAUGAUUGAAUUAUCGUCGAACAAACAAUGAAAAAUUUUUUUCCUUAUCGAUAAUAAAUCUUCACCUGCAAGUGUCACACUUAUCGAGAUAAAGAAGAAUGUAACAUUAGAUAGAACGAAAUGUGAUUAAUGUGUUAAGUGACGAAGUAGUGUUCGGACAUUUGAAAAAGUGAAGAUAUCGCAUUUAAAAUGGAAAUUAAUAAAAAACACGUAGUCUUGGUGACGGGGUUCGGUCCGUUCGACAAUCACAUUGUUAACGCCAGCUGGGAAGCUGUCAGAGAAUUAAAUAAAUUAUGCGCUAAUUCGAAAGAAUUGAUAGACGUGCACGUGAUCGCAAAAGCAAUUCCAGUUUCGUACGAGGACGUGAACGCGUGUAUACCGAAACUUUGGGAAGAACACAAGCCUAUGGUAGUCUUGCACGUAGGUGUGAGUUCGAAUGCAAAAUGUUUAACUAUAGAGUGUUUGGCUCACAGCACUGGUUACGUGAGAUCAGACAUAUAUGGCAAGUGCCCAAAAGAAAGCACCGUUGAACCUGAAAUUUUUGAAACUAAAAUCGAUGUAAAAAAGAUAUGCAAUAUGAUCAACGAUAAUUCAGAACAGAUAACAUGCAAUGCUUGCAUUUCACGCAACGCAGGAAAAUAUCUGUGCGAAUAUAUAUUUUUUAAGUCCUUACAGAUUUCACCGAAAAGAACGCUAUUUGUCCAUGUACCUGAUUUUCAUCACUAUUCUAGUCUACAAACUGCUAAAGGAUUAUAUUACAUAUUAUGUUUCUUGAUUAAUGAUGUAAAAAAUAAUGAAAUAUAGGAUAAUAUUACAUAGUAAUACAUAUAUAAAUUAUGUAUAAUGUAUAUAAUAUAAUGUAUAUUAUCAAAAUUAUUAAUAAAAUGUUGUAACAUUUCAAAAGUGUAUUAUACGAUAUAAAAAUUAUUUUUUAUA